UCGACCGCCUGCAGCAGAGAAAGUUAUUAUCUCCGGUUCUCCUGGCCACUCUGUGCUCUUGUUGUUUGUCCGAUCAUCUAUUAUCAAAAAUAUCGGAAAUAAAUUCAUACAGAACUGAACAUAACAACUCAACAAAUUGAAUGAAUUUUGCUUAGAUAAAACAAUGGUGGAACACCCUACGUCUUUACUUGGCUUGACAGAAAGGACAGUGUGCGCGGGAUGCCACCGUCUCAUUCGUGAUAAAUACCUGCUCAGAGUGAACGACGGGCUGUGGCACGAGCGGUGCGUGCGCUGCGUGGCUUGCGGUGACCCGUUAAAGAAUUCUUGCUUUUUGCGAGACAAGAAACUCUAUUGCAAGCUGGACUAUGCGAAACUGUUCGCGGCGCGUUGUCGAGGCUGCGCCGAGGCCAUCUCCCCGGCAGAGCUGGUGCUGAGGGCGGGGGCCGCCGUCUUCCACCUGCGCUGCUUCACCUGUAGCGUGUGCGCCUGCAGGCUGCAGACCGGAGACCGCUGCGUCCUCAGGGAAGGACAGCUACUGUGUGCCAGAGACCUUGACCAAGGGCUGGCCAGCCCCGUCUCUUCAGACUCAGGUAAAAGCGACGAUGAAGAGGAGGAGGAGGAGGAGAGCGUGAAGUCGUCCAGCAGACGCAACGGGGCGGAGGACCCCGAGCACAAACGCCCCAAGCGGCCGCGCACCAUCCUCACCACCCAGCAGAGACGAGCUUUCAAAGCCUCCUUCGAGGUCUCCUCAAAGCCCUGCAGGAAGGUAAGGGAGACCUUGGCAGCAGAGACUGGCCUGAGUGUGCGAGUCGUCCAAGUCUGGUUCCAAAACCAGAGAGCCAAGAUGAAGAAGCUGGCCAGAAGGCAGCAGCAACAGCAACAAUCCUCAAGACCCGAGCAUCAGAACCACACAACGCUUCACACAGCGCCCUCCUGUGGCAGUCUGACCUCUGACCUGGACCCCCUGGGCUCGUACCACGGCCUCCAGCAGCAGCAGGUAGGCAGCACCACCCUGGAGCAGCAGGACUAUGACCUGGACCCCUUCAAGCAGGGCCUCACCCCCCCGCAGAUGCCCGGAGACCACAUGCACCCUUACGGCUUCAGAGGGCUGUAUGACGACAUGGACGUGGCCCCUUUCUGUCACCUAGGAGACGGCUCCUGUCUCUCUUUGGGGGACUCCUCCCUGCUCACUCCCAUCGACCGUCUCUGCUCCAUGCAGGACUCCUACUUCACCUCCUGAGCGCCGGGGCGUACCCCACCCAGGUCAUCACCUCCCUGGGCACAUCAUGCCUCUCACCCCCCCCCCCCCCCCCCCUCUACCUGGGUGUCUCCUCCAGUGCUUUAGAAAUCAAGGCCUCAUCAUCCAAGGAAUCCUCCCAGUGUGAAUUUGGGUUUUGCAUGAAAGUGGGACUUUUCCAGGGACUUUUGUUUUCAGAUGUGGGUGGGACUGCUUUUUUUAUAUCUGAAAAACCGUGAAAUAUGAUUUUUGUCAUAAAAAGUGGGACAUGAAAGCUAAACCACUGGACUGUGUGGUUUUUCUACCUGUGAGACCAGAUGAGAAUGUAAUAUAUCUAAUGCUGUACAUAACUUCUGGUGUGUGUUUGUAUUUAUUUGUUUGU